AUGAGCCGAAGGAAAAAUUUAAAUUCUGAUGAUAUUCAACAGUUUCUCGAAAUUCCUUCCGGUAGUGAAGAUGACCUGGAACUGUCUGAUAAGGACAGCGAUGACGACUUGAUCAGAAUCCAGGAUUUGGUGUUGAACGAAGUGGAGACGUGCCCUGAAGUACUACCGGAUGAUUUCUUCGAUGAGAACGUGAGCAUACCUAGUCCAAGGUCAAGCAGUUGUAUGUUAGUGAUUCAGCCAACAAGCAGUUCUUCUAACACAGCCAACGUUGCAUCACAACCUAGUACUUCCAGGCAAGUAAAUCCUAGAUCCAGCCGAGUAGCAUCACGACCUCAAGCAGUACCUACUCCCCGCAUCAUUUCACCUUCCCCACAGCCUGUCAGGCCUGCCAGGCCAAAACCUAAGAGAGAAUACAUAUGUUGGAAGAUGGACUUUCAGCCACCUGAUACCACAUUUACUGGCGUUGACGUGUUGGAACAACCAUAUACUACAUUUGAAACACCUUUGCAGUACUUUUUGCACUUUUUUGACGACGAUUUGUUGGAUCACAUUGCUGAAGAAUCUACUAAAUACAGCAUACAGAAGGAUUGCUCAAAGCCAGUUUUGGUUACAAAGACGGAACUCAAAAAAUAUUUAGGCAUCUGUCUCUUGUUAGGACUGGUGCCACAGCCAAACAUUCGCAUGUUGUGGAAUUCUAUAUUAGGUAUACCACUUGUAAACGAUGACACUCGGUAA